AUCCAUGACCUCUUACAUUUUCUCCGGCGACACCCUUAUGACAAUGGGCUGAUAGUGUUCUUUCAUCAUCCAAUUACAACUAACCCAGAACAAGCCCAAAGCAGCACUUCUCCUGAUGUCGGAAGAUUCAGACUCCAAGCCCUAUUGCUUCGCGGUGCUGGAGGACCAGGAUGGAGCCUCAUGCAGCUCCAUGCCAAGGGGGGCCUCAGGGUGCCCCUCCAUGGCACAGCUGCACCGGAUGAGUGGCUACAGCCAAGGUGGGCCUGACUUGGGCCUCCCCUCGGAGGGCAGUGACAGCAGCGGUCAGGACCCUCCCGCCCCGCAGCACAAGCAUCGCAAGAACGCCCGCUCCAGGUCGCUCCCCGAAGAGGACGUGGAGAUGAAGAGCAGUGGGUCCAGCGGGAGCGGAACCGAGUCACACGGCAAUGAAAGCCAUGGCAACGAGAGUCACGGCAACGAGAGCCACGGCCACGAGUCAGUGGGCAGCUCCAAUGGGACCAGUAAAGACUCGGCACUGCUGGAAUCUUCUGAAAGCAACAAGAGCUCGAACUCUCACAGUCCGUCUCCUCCCAGCAGCUCAAACGCCUUCAGCCUGCUGAGCUCAGAGCAGGACAACCCUUCAACCAGCGGCUGCAGUAGUCAGGAGUCUGCCAAAGCCAAGACCCAGAAAGAGAUGAUUAAAACUCUGAAAGAGCUGAAGCUUCACCUGCCCUCUGAGAAGAGACACAAUAGCAAGUCCUCCACUUUGAACACCCUGAAGUACGCCCUGCGAUGUGUCAAACAAGUGGAAGCCAAUGAGGAAUAUUACCAGCUGCUGAUGACCAACGACAGUCAACCUUCAGGCCUGGAUGUAUCCUCUUAUACGAUAGAGGAGAUCGACAGCAUUACUUCUGAAUACACCCUCAAAAACAACGACAUUUUUGCAGUGGCAGUUUCUCUCAUCUCUGGAAGGAUAGUCUACAUUUCGGAUCAGGCUGCCUCCAUCCUCAACUGCAAGAGAGAAGUGUUCAAGAACAGCAAGUUUGUGGAGUUCUUGACGCCGCAGGAUGUUAGUGUGUUCUACAGCUUCACAACGCCAUACCGCCUGCCCUCCUGGAGCAUGUGCACUGGAGCAGAGUCAUCACCACCUGACUGCAUGCAGGAGAAGUCCUUCUUCUGUCGUAUCAGUGGUGGUAAGGAGUGUGAGGGCGAUCUGCAGUACUAUCCAUUCCGCAUGACACCCUAUCGGAUGAAGGUCCAAGACACAGUGCAUGCAGAAGACCAGUUCUGCUGCCUCCUGCUGGCAGAGCGGGUUCACUCUGGUUAUGAUGCGCCCCGAAUUCCAACAGACAAACGCAUCUUCACCACCACACACACUCCGAGUUGUGUGUUUCAAGAUGUAGAUGAGAGGGCGGUUCCUCUCCUCGGGUACCUCCCCCAGGACCUGAUUGGCACACCGGUCCUCCUCCACCUUCAUCCCAAUGACCGACCGAUUAUGUUGGCCAUUCACAGAAAGAUUCUUCAAUUUGCAGGACAACCCUUUGACCACUCAUCCAUCCGCUUCUGUGCACGAAAUGGAGAAUACAUCAUUCUUGACACCAGCUGGUCCAGUUUCGUCAACCCCUGGAGUCGCAAAGUGUCCUUCGUUAUUGGAAGACACAAAGUGCGCAUGGCUCCUGUGAAUGAAGAUGUUUUUGUUGGCCCGCUGUCUGCUGUCCGUGAGAUGAAGACCAUGGAGUCUGACAUCCAGGAGAUUACUGAGCAGAUCCAUCGGCUCCUGCUACAGCCGGUCCAUAACAGUGGAUCCAGUGGCUACAGUUGUCUGAACAGAAAUGAUCUUGUUGGCAUGAGCUCCUCUAGCGAGAGCCUUAACAACGGCAGCGGGAGCAAGAUCCGACAAGAGGACGAGGAAAUGAGCGGCAAAGCCAGACCGCGAACUUUUCAAGAAAUCUGUAAAGGAAUACAUCUUCAGAAGAGCCAGGAGCAUCAAACAACCAAACACGACAACAAGAAAAGCAAUGGCAUAGAGUCUGUACAGAAGUGCUCAUCUGUGGUGCGGCCAAAAGACUCCUCAGCUCCCCUCACCUGGAAGGAGACGGGGAACACUAUGGAGGAGAGUAGGUCCUCUUCCCAGGAGGAGACGGCCUUCAAUGACCAGAACGCCUACUCCUACCAGCAGAUCAGCUGUCUGGACAGUGUUGUCAGGUACCUGGAGAGCUGUAAUGUUCCCAUCACAAUGAAGAGGAAGUGCCACUCUUCCUCUAACACCACGUCCUCAGAUGAGGACAAACAUAAAGGACCCAACAGCAUGCAGGUGCCUGAAGAACCAGCCUUGUUGAAGGAUCAGUCUGCUCUCUCCGCUUUGGAUGAUCGAGACAAAAAGUCCAGUGACGCGGCCACUGCAGUUGUGGGCACUUCGCUGCCCCUACCUGUACCUAACAAACCAGAAAGUGUGGUGUCCAUAACCAGCCAGUGUAGCUACAGUAGCACCAUAGUGCAUGUUGGGGACAAGAAACCUCAACCAGAGUCAGAGAUCAUAGAGGAUGUCCCAGGAACAGGAGAGACGGUAGAAUCCAGCCAGAGCCCCAGGGCUCCUCUCUAUGUUGUUUCACCUCCUAGUCAGGAGAGGGAGUCCUACAAGAAACUGGGCUUGACCAAGCAGGUUUUGGCAGCCCAUACGCAGAAGGAGGAGCAGACCUUUCUUUAUCGCGUCAGGGAGCUUCGAGGACUCACUGCACUCAAAGAAAACUGCUCUCAGUACCUGGAGCGUCAGAGAGAACAGAUCGCCAGCGAUGCUGCACCUGCUGCUCAGUCCUCCAAGCAGGGUCGACCGACUGUGGAGCCUAACGUGCGGCGAGGCACACGGAAUAAGAGGACCAAGUCGAAGCGAGCGAAGCAGAUGGAGUCCUCAGAUAGCACGGUGUCCCAUCACAGACAGCAACAUGUGCGGCCUCCUCUUCUAAACCACGGCCUUAACCCAACCUCCUGGUCUCGCUCUGACACCUCACAGUCAACUUUUCCCAUUGCCUACCCCUCCGUGAUGCCAGGCUACCCCCUCCAGGUUUACCCCAGAGCCAGUUCCAUAGCUCCCUGCACAGACGCCACUCUACAGGGCUUCGGGGACAGUCAGGGCACCCAGGCCCCUCCCUGUGCCCCACCCAUUCAUCCUGCUCCCUACACCGCCCCCAUGGUCGCCCCCAUUGUGGCUCUAAUGUUGCCCAUGCCCUUCGCACCAAUGGCCCCCGGACUGCCGCCUCCACAGCCAGUGUACCACGCAGCCCCUGCCGGCUUCCCCACCCAGUUGCAACCUUUUGGGCAGGCUGCCUUUCCAGGACAGGGACCUUUCACGUCUCCGCCUCCCUUCACCGUUCAGAGCCAGUUCAGCCCUCAGAACCAAUUUGCUCUUCAAGCAGGCUACCCGACCACAUCGUUCUACUUCCCUCCAUCCUCGGAAACCUCAAAGGCCCCCGUGGUGGAGGGCCAGUCUCGCUCCUCUACGCCCCAGUCUGGAGGAGGGGGAGGCCCGGCGUCCCCGCCCCUCUUCCAGUCUCGCUGCAGCUCGCCCCUCAACCUGCUGGAGCUGGAGCUGUCUGUGGAACGACACGACAGCACGGUGCUCUCUUCUGGAGGACAAGGGAAUAAUGCUGCUGAAAGGGAGAAAGGCGCAAAUGGCAGCCAGGCCAUGGAGAGGGAGCUCAAGAAGCCGUCUGUCAGUCUCCUUGGUCCACCUGGACCCUUGUAUUGCGAGGGCUCGCCUUGUGUCCGUGAGCGUUUGUCCUGGGAUAAAGUGUGCUCUAGACUGAGGGCUUGCAGCAAAGAGGCAAGUUCACGCGGCGACGGGAACAACAGUGACGCCAACUCUUUGUCCAGCGACAUGUUGGACAUAAUUCUUCACGAGGACUCCUGCUCCGGCACUGGCUCAGCCACCUCAGGGUCCAUUGGCUCAGGGUCCAACGGCUGUGGAACUUCAGCCAGUGGGACGUCCAACAGUGGGACAUCUAAAAGCAGGACGUCAGCCAGUGGGACCUCCGGCAGUGGAACAGGAAGCAACAACAGUAGUAAAUACUUUGGCAGCGUGGACUCCUCCCAGAACAGCAAGAAGGUCAAUGGUCACUUGAGCGGCGGCGAGGGAAGGCUUGUGGAGAUGUACCAGAGAGAACACUUACCACUGCAGGACCCGCUGUGGCUGCUCCCUGCCAACACAGACGAAAAGAUCAUGAUGACCUAUGAGCUGCCCUUGCGUGACAACCAAAGAGUGCUCAGAGAGGACCAAGAGCAGCUGAGGCUGCUGCAGAAGAAUCAGCCAUGCUUUUCAGAGGAGCAGAAGAAGGAGCUGAUGGAGGUUUACCCCUGGUUUAAGAAGGGAAUUCUGCCCAAGGCCAUAGACAUCAAGGCGUGCUCCUGUUGUGAUGCCGCCUCAGGGGAAGCAGCAGCGGCGGAGGAUCGGCCAGACCUGGACAUCGGUGAAACAGAGACGGGGGAGGUCGGCUGCCAGCGGAGGCCAAGAGAGGAACCCUCUAACGCUCUCUCAGACAAAACCAGCUAGACAAAAACUGAACCAAUAUUUUUAUAGUGACACUUAUCCACCUUCAGCCUCUUGUUCUGUACGACUGUGAAAAGGGACCUACUUUUACACGAAGCAUCAUACAGGCACUUUGCUUUUAAUGCAACGCUCUUCAUGAAUGUCUGUCAAAGAAAAACUCUCAACAGUCAAGCCUCUUGCGAAUAUACCGGUGCCGAACUCUGUGACUUUGUAUGUUUAUUUAUUUGUUUCUGUGUAGCACUUAACAAAGCGCAGCAUAUGCACUGAUCAGGAGAUGCCGAGCCCAGCAAGUGAAACACGUCAUGUGCUCUUACAGCAGGCAGCGCAUUAGAGGUCAAAUGAACACCCACCACCUGGAGGCUGCCUCGCUCCCAUGCCAGGAAGUGGCUCUGUGUUGCUCUAACUGCUGCAGUUAAUGAUACAUUCAUCAUUUGGACAGUUGGAGUUAAGUUUCAUUCACUCCUGUCAUGCAAAGGCAUCAAGCACCAAAUUAGCCCACAAGUGCACUUUGUGGGAUGCACUGGAGGGAGGGGGAAAACAUGAGUGACACUCAUGUUACAUCUGUAGUAGUUGCCUAAAUUACUUGCUGGUGUUGCAUUUAGUCUCUGAUAGGAAAAUGCAAAAAGUACAGUAUCCCCCUCUGAGAUGAAGUGAAGUCUAGGUAUAUAAUUUAAAUGCCUAACUACAUACGUUACUGAUCCUUAGUCACCAUGGAGUUGAAAAUACUUUUGAGACUGCACUGAGAAAAGUACAAUCAGGCGGGCUAGCUAGCGAGAUACAUUUUACCCACCAAUCCAUCAAGUAUUGUUUCUGAGAAUUUAUUAUUACAAAUUCCCAUUUUUGGAACCAACUGUGUCACAGUACCUAAUGCAGCUUCAAGUUUUCAUUCUUUAUGCAUAUUUUCAUGCAGCAUCUGUUUCAGUAUCAACUGUGAAACUGUGCCUCUCAUUUAACGAAACGAUCUAUCUAAUGCAUUUCAAUGCAUGUGUGAAUGUUUGUAACAGCCUUUGACUCUGAGUGUGUAUAUAUAUAUAUUAUUUUUUACAUACACCAAUUGUUUCUGUAUAAAGAGAUUUUUGUUUUAAAGUUAUUUCUGGAAAAUAUAUCUUUAAAAAAAACAUGCAGGACCAAAAUUGUUAAUAUUUAAUAAUUUAAAUACUAUUUUUAAAAUGGGAUCAUUCAGACAAAUCCCACCAUGGACUAUAAACAUACUAGAGAAGUAUGUUGUUUAUGGUGGGUGAUACAUAUAAAGUAAGUGGAGAAUAUUGAUGUUUCACCAGUUUUAAAAGUGUGCCACAUAACACUUGAAAUGGCCUGAUGUUGCCCCUCAUAAAUAUGGAAGAGAGCCUCCUGAGCAUCCUGUGGAAGUGUCUGAAGCUCAUUACCGUUUUUGUGUGGUCACCUCAGAAGUCGAAGUUUAGGGUUAUUGCACUGGUAUAAAGAAUCUCAGACAGAUGUCAAGUGACUGUGUGGAGGGAUUUCCUUCACUUUGAAGCUCAUAUCAUCUCAUCUGAGACGAAACUGUGCUCUCCUCGGCAACUUGGAACAUUUCCUGAAUGUUGUCAUUUGUCUUUCUGUUAUUUGAACAGACGCUGACAACAAUGCACUUUUUUUUUUUUCAUAUUGUAUUUGCGAAUGAUCUGUUUGUUCGAUUUUUCUCUAAAUAAAG